CGUUGAAUAUUCAUUGAUUUUCAGAGGAAUUGACUUGAAUUGAGCAAAGAGGACCCAUGCCGUGGAGAAGAAUUGAAGCCUCCGCUUCCUCUCUCCAUGAAAUUUCUUCACUUUGCAAAACCAAAACAGAUUGAAUUGCUAUUAUCCAAAUUCAUCUACUUCUUCUUCUUCUUCUUCUUCAUAGCCAUGUACAGGUUUUAAUUUUAACGCCUUUUUUUAUUAUUAGCCUAACGAAUCUUCUUAUAAACCCUCAAACCUCUUGUGCUGUUCGCAUUCCGAUAAACAAACACGCAGAUUUGAAGGAACGAAAGAACGACCGGCCGUUUUGUUUUUGUUUAUUAAGAAUUUAUUGGUUUGCAAGGAAAAAUAGGACAAAGUUGGUCUGAAGCUUAGAUCUUUGUUUGGGAAUGGCGAGAGGGAGCAGAUCAGUGGGUAGCAGCAGCAGCAGCAAAUGGAGGUACUGCAACCCUUCCUAUUACUUGAAGCGCCCAAAGCGUCUUGCUCUGCUCUUCAUCGUUUUCGUUUGUGUCUCUUUCGUUUUCUGGGACCGUCAAACUCUCGUCAGAGAGCACCAGGUUGAAAUUUCUGAGCUGCAGAAAGAAGUGACUGAUUUGAAAAAUUUGGUGGAUGAUUUAAAUAACAAACAAGGUGGUACCUCUGGGAAGACUGACUUGGGGAGAAAAGCUACCAAGUCCAGUAAAGACGUCCUAGAUGAUCCCAUUGAUAUCGAGAGGAGGGAAAAAGUAAAAGAAGCAAUGCUUCAUGCUUGGGGAUCUUAUGAGAAGUAUGCAUGGGGACAAGAUGAACUUCAGCCACAAUCAAAGAAUGGUGUCAAUAGCUUUGGAGGUCUUGGAGCAACUUUAAUAGAUUCUCUUGAUACACUAUAUAUUAUGGGUCUCAACGAACAGUUUCAGAAAGCACGAGAAUGGGUUGCAAACUCUUUGGAUUUUAACAAGGAUUAUGAAGCAAGUGUUUUUGAGACAACCAUAAGAGUAGUAGGUGGUCUUCUUAGUGCAUAUGAUCUUUCAGGGGACAAAGUAUUCCUCGACAAAGCAAUAGAAAUUGCAGACAGAUUACUGCCUGCAUGGAAUACACCUACAGGAAUUCCUUACAACAUCAUUAAUUUAUCACAUGGACGAGCACACAACCCUAGUUGGACUGGGGGUGAGAGUAUCUUGGCAGAUUCUGGCACUGAACAACUGGAAUUCAUUGUUCUAUCCCAAAGGACUGGAGACCUCAAGUAUCAGCAGAAGGUGGAAAAUGUAAUAGCCCAGCUAAAUAAAACAUUUCCGGAUGAUGGAUUACUUCCCAUCUACAUUAAUCCUCAUAGUGGGGCAGCAGGCUACUCUCCCAUCACAUUCGGUGCCAUGGGUGAUAGUUUUUACGAGUACUUGCUCAAAGUUUGGAUACAAGGGAAUAAGACUUCAUCCAUAAAACAUUAUAGAGAUAUGUGGGAGAAAUCAAUGAAAGGCCUGUCAAGUUUGAUUAGGAGAUCAACACCAUCUUCUUUUACUUAUAUAUGUGAGAAGAAUGGAGGAUCUCUCACAGACAAAAUGGAUGAACUAGCAUGCUUUGCUCCAGGGAUGAUUGCUUUGGGAUCAUUUGGUUACAGUGCUGCUGAUGAUUCACAGAAGUUUCUGUCACUUGCAGAAGAGCUUGCUUGGACAUGUUAUAACUUCUACCAAUCAACUCCAACAAAAUUGGCUGGAGAGAACUAUUUCUUUCAUUCUGGGCAGGACAUGAGUGUGGGUACAUCAUGGAACAUACUGAGGCCAGAGACAGUUGAGUCCCUCUUUUACCUUUGGCGUCUAACUGGCAACAAAACAUACCAAGAAUGGGGUUGGAAUAUAUUUCAAGCUUUUGAGAAGAACUCCCGCAUAGAGUCAGGCUAUGUUGGACUGAAGGAUGUUAAUAGUGGAGUCAAAGACAACAUGAUGCAAAGCUUCUUUCUUGCGGAGACCCUGAAGUAUUUUUAUCUUCUCUUCUCACCUUCUUCAGUCAUCUCAUUAGAUGAAUGGGUAUUCAACACAGAAGCCCACCCUCUGAGGAUUGUGACCAGACACGAAGAGGGACUUGUUAAGAAUUUAAAUGAGAAGCAAAAACCUUUUUCUAGAAUAGGUGGCAGAAAGGAAGGAAGGUCAGGUUAGAUAUCCAUUCUUCUCUACCAUUGCUGAUCGAACCCCUUUUACCAAAAUUAAAGAAGAGCAGUUUGUUCCACUAUGGAGCUUGUAAGAUGUCAGGAUUUCCUCAUUGGGGAGGGGUAAGGGGUUCGUUCAUUCAGCCACAGAUGGUAUCUAAUAUAGGAAAUAGUUCUUCAUUGAAGUUCUUAAAAUGGGUUUAUUCAAGGUGAUCUGACCUUUUAUUGAUGAAUGACCCUUUUGAAAUUCACGGCUAAUAGGUUGUUGUCCUUUAUUUUUUUCUGGAACCAAAUAUUCAGAGCAUUAUAUAUAACUGAGGCAUAUAUCUGCGCAUUGAAUAGAAGAUACUUCCUGCCUAUUAACAUUUUUCUUUAUAUUGCUUUUACUUAUUACGGAAUUUUAUGGAGCGCGUUAGUGUUG